AUGGCGGUCGAUAAAAACAAGAAUAAGAAAGGUGCCAACGACUUGAAGGCCGGGGCUUCAACUUCGGUCGCCGAUCUCGCACGAUCAGAAAGUAUUCCUGACGUUCCUGCCGAUACAUAUGACGCUCCCGUAGACAAAGGUGAUGAAGUUAGCUUUUCUUCGCAAGAAAUCCCGGUUCACAAGCAAGAGAUUCCGUUUGAAAAGCACGUAGAACAUCUAAACGGCGCGGCGAUAACCCCGAAGCACGAUCUUCAGAAUGGUGGGCCACCAUUUUCCCAUCCCAGUAUUCAGAAUGGUGCACCUCUAUUUUCUCAGUCUAGCAUUCAGAUGAAUGGCGCGGGGGCAUUCCCAACCGGACUUGAGACCGUGUCAACCGACCCAGCAGCCCUGUAUUCAACCGCUCCGGUUGACUUCUCAAAGUUGUCAGACUUCAACCGUAACGAUAAAGUUCACGUGAACCCUGCACGAUCAUCACCUCCCACAAAAAUGCCAAACGGUUCCAUGGGCUGGGAAGCAAAGAGUAUCCAUAGAGACUAUUAUUCUGAUAUGAAAACCACAAUGAGUAUGUCGGAGUCAUAUUCAACGUCAUACCAAGGUCAAGGUUCGCACGCCGCAUCUACUCAAUCAAAGGGAUUCGAUCAUACCGAAAAAAUCCGAACCAUUUUUAAACGAUGCCGUCAUGAACUUGGUCCUGACGCCGAUAAGAUUCUUAGAGGGUGCCCAAAUUUGGAAAGCUUCAAGAGAUUUGUUAAUGCUCAGAGAAUUCGGGAUAUGCCAGACGAAGGAAGCGUAUCUGAUAACAGCAUGAGAUGGGUUGGGCAGUUCGGAGAGCGCAUUGAGAUUUUCGCCCAACAGCUUACACUGUUCUUUCCUGGAAGCAGUCAUAGGCAAACUUCUGAGAGCCUUUUGGGGUGCUGCAAGUCGUUGCUUCUGAUUGGAUCUCAAAACUCGGAUGCGCUACAAAGGUUUUUCGAUGAGCUCUACAAGAUUGCAACCGCCUUAGAAUCGUUUGAGCCGCACCGAGAUGUAUAUGUCUCUUCUCCAGAACUCCAACGUGUACUGCUAGCUAUUUUCUGGAACAUUGUGGAACUGGUGAUUCGCAUAACACUACUUUUCCAUAACGCACGAAUUACGCGCUAUCUGAUAACCGAGUCCGAAGAAAUCAUUAGUGCCAUUGUGCGCAGUUUCACCGCCAACAAAGAAAUCUUGGAGCAUGAAAUUUGGGUUACUAGACUUCGAGAAUCACCAAUCGUCCAGGGAACGGGUCCCGUUCCCGUACAGGACUUGAAGUCUUGGCUACGACAGGGUGUAGUAGAGACACCUAAGCCUACUAUCUCUGAAGGCACAUGUACGUGGUUCGAUCGGAUUUUGUCUGAUCUCAAAGAUGGCGAGGAUCAGUUGCUCUGCGUCACUGGUAAGACAGGAUGCGGCAAAAGUAUGCUCGCAAAUUGGGUGGUGGAUCGCCUCCGUUUGCACAAGCAAGAUAUUCUAAUGAGCUUCUCAUUCGAUACCACUGUGAAUAAUGGGACCUCCCCUGUUUUCUUUUUGAAAUCACUGCUCUUGCAGUUGAUCAGCAAAAGCCUCGGAGAUGUCUCGUUAUUUAAAAAGUUAGCAGAUAUUCAUAUUACAGCGUCUUCUCAGGAAGACUCUGCUGCAACUGAGCUAGAACUCGAGCGAGCAUUGUGGGAUGUUUUUGCGGUUGCAGCAAGAAACACAAGGCAGCUUAAUUUGGUCAUUGAUGGCCUAGACCACGUUUCAGGAGGCAGAGAUAAAGCUCAAGACAUCGUCAAUAGAAUCCGGGAGAUUAUUGACCUGAACGGCGCAAACUCCCUGAACUGCGUAUUUCUCUCCGCGCCAUUCAGCCCAUCACUUACCGGACGAUUCACAGAUGUCAAGAUUGACGAAGAAAAUACCCAAUAUGACAUCAAAAUUCAUGUUACGAGGGUGCUUGAGGAAUACUUCGGAGCCUCAGAUGUCAGCCAGAAAGACCGCCAUACCGUCAUCGAACUUCUUGCAAAGCAAGCAGAUGGGUCUUUCCCCGUUGCCAAUUUGCUCAUUCAAAAUGUUAAAAGGGGAAAGAACAUUGCCGAAAUCUUGAAAACUCUUGGAAGCAUCAGUUCCACCGGUGCAGCUGGUCUUUUGGAUACUCUGCUGGCCAAUAUUGAUUUCACAAACGCUGACACCGUAAGAGUAUUAUCUUGGAUGUUGGUUUCAGAAGAACCCCUGUCGAUUCAAAAUAUGAAAGAGCUGCUUGAAGUGAGCUAUGGCGAUAGCGCUCCAUCUAGAGCUCCGAGACUAAAGUGGGAUGUUGAAAAGGACAUCAUUCAGCCGUGUGGAUCUCUCGUGGUCGUCGACAGAAAUCUGCUUCAGUUUUCUCAUCACUCCCUCAAGGAACAUUUCUGGAAAAAGACAGAAACCGAUAAAUCCCUCCCUACCCGUGCCAAGUGCAAUACCGAAGUUGUGCUCAGCAUGCUUGCAUACAUCAAAACAGCCAAUAUUCCACACGCUCUAGAGAAUGGUUUCAGGCCUCCAGCGAAAGAUAUCAUCACCAACGCUCUCGAGGAGCAUAGUCUUCUAAGUUACGCUAUUCGCAAGUGGCUUUUCCAUUUCCGCCAAUCCAGUAUCUCCAAAUCUGGAAAGUCAGGACAGAUUCGUCAAUUAAUGCCUGUCUUCCCGGCUGAACCCAACUUCCCUCAACUAGAAUAUGCAUUGUGGGUUUACGACAAAGUUCCAGAAAAUGAUUUCUUGUUGGCGUCAACCAUUAGGCAGAUGGUUCUUACGAAUGUUCCUGCAACUAUCCACUCCUUUAUGAACCUGACUAGGGUCCGGUACUCCAACGGAAAGAUCGUUAACGCCCUGCAGGACUGCUACAAGGCCUUUAAACUUUCUCUCACGCUUUUCGGAACUACGAGUAGAGAAGGUUGGGAUAUUGCGUCUGAAUUCUACGCAAUCAGCAAGAAGCAUGGAGAAACGGAGUACGAUAGCGAAGUCUUCGAGUGGAUGAUCAACUACACCAAGAGUCAGAGUUCGAAGCGUCUUAAUGAUGAUAUUGUCGAAAUUGUCAGACGCUACGGUGAGAGUCUCAUCAAAAAGGAGAGAGACCAAGAGGCAAUGAAACAUUAUAGAUGGCUUUGGACUGAAUGCUGCAAGAAUUAUGGCGAGACAGACUCAAGAAGUUCUUCUGUUUUGGAUCUCAUGGGUCCUAUCAUCCAGAAAGACCCAUCUUCAACGGAGUAUCUCGACCUUUGCAUUAGGCAGUUAACCGUUACUGAAGCUAAGCUGCACGCAUGGGAGAGAGAACGCAUCAAGGCGGUUAUAAAACUAUCUAGUGCAUACGAAGACUGCGGGAAAUCCUUGGAGGUUCGGGAGACAUUCGAUAGGGCAAUCAAGGCACUAACAUCAGCACUCGUUGAACACACAGGCGAAGAAGUCCUCGGAAUCCACGAUGGACGUAUCCAUCUCAUCAUCGAGUAUGCCAAGUACUAUUCACGAACUGGUAGCAGGGAUAGUGGUGUGCUUUUACUCCGAGAAUUUUGGCAAAUGUAUCGGCCUGAUGUCAAGCCCAUUCGCUCUCACUCUACGGGCCUCGUCAUCCAGCUUAUAGCGCUUGCUGAGUUGUUGGAUGCCUCUGAUCUAUUGGAAGAAGCUGAAGAGCUAUACUCGUCUCUCUGGUCCUAUUUCAAACAAACACCAGAGUUGAGUACUAGCCAGUUUGCCUAUACUGUUGGUUGUGGACUUGCCAAGCUCCGCAAGAAUGGCCAUGGUGAUCAAAAGGAAGAAGAAAAUGUCUUACGAGGCUUGGUGGAUAUUCUCAAUCCAACCGGAAUAGAGAGUGUUACCGAGGUGGGUUUGGACGCAUUCCUCCAGCUUACGCGUUUCUACCAAGGUCGCAAUGAUUGGCGCCAGUCAGACGACUCUUGUAAGAGGGGGUUGGAUAAGUACUGGCCCGCAAUUUUGCAAGGAAAUAAUGCGGAUACCCUCACUUUACCACGACACUAUGAAGACAGAGGUAUCGAGUUAGCAUAUCUCGGAGCUCGGGGCCAUGCAAAACAAGACCCAGUUAGAGCCUGUCAGCAAUAUCAUAACGUCUGGAGAGCGUGUCAAAAUACAUUGAUGCCAAACACUCAGCCUCGAGUGAUCCAGGCGUUCAGGGACUAUACAACUUUCUGUCAAGACUACAACCGUCACGAUGAAGCUCUUCUAUCGACAAAAUCGUACUUCGAGGCUUUACGGAAGAAUCCCGGUAUUUUCCACGAAAGUACCAUUGAAGUUGGGUUGUCUUUAGCUGGGAUGUACCAGAAGGAACGUAGAUUAGGUGAUGCAAUUCAGAUUUAUCAACAGAUAUCAUACGCUCUUUUGCAAACGACACUGACGAAACGUACUUUUGAUAUCCUUGUCACCUUGUUUACUGUCUAUGAGAAUGCACCAGGUCAGGAAUCCGAGGCCCGCGAAUUUUGUAGCGCCUUCUGGGGCAAGUUGGCAACGACCAAGCACUGGGACUUCCACCCGGAUCCUGGCGUUGUCUUCAAAAUUUAUGCCAAGCAUAGGUUCGACCUGGAACGGUCUAACGCCCCUCUCACCGAAGUUGUUGCCCUCGUCCAAAGUCUUAUGCACAUUUAUCACCAUACCGUUGGGGAAUCAAGCUCUCACUUUUUCAAGGCUCGUCUCGCAUAUGCGAUUUUACUCGAAUCCGACCACUCGAAAGCCAAGACAACCAUCAUAGAGUAUGAGAAACUCCUUGAAGUCGCGCUCCGAACAACCGGGCAUGAUGACAACACAAGCAUCAUUCUCCAAAUCCAACAAAGCUUGGCAAAGCUCUACCUUCUGGACCAAACUACCGCUGGUAAAGCUGAGGACCUUUACAAGAAUCUAUUUGAAGAGUUCAGAGGGACAUAUGGUCCGACUCACCGGCCAACUUUAGGUGCCCUCGAGCAGUUGGUGCAAUUUUAUUCCCAUAAAAAGGAUACUCAGACGGCGAUUGACUUGCUUCAGAAUACUAUCAUGGAUACGCUUUCCAUGGAGUCACGAGAGAAGCAUCUGUUUGACAGCGCCUUAUCAAUUGCCAAACUCUUCUUUGUGGCUGGUCAACAGGAUCUUGGGACCCGAUUGAUUGUAGAUCUUCGGAAAUACUGCCGUCUCGGACAAGAAGAGCGUCGAGCAUUCGAUAGUCAUGACGCCAGGUUCAAGAAGCUUGUUUUUAGAAACUCUCAGAGCCUGAUGACUGAACGCAAGUACCAAGUAUUUUUUACUACGUUCGAGUCAGUAAUGAGGAAGGGCGGCAGGAUCGAGAGUGAAGAAGAGCUUUAUGGUUCCGUCAUUGGUCUUGUUCUCCAGGAGUCUGAGCAUUAUAUGGCUUGGCUUGGCGCAACCAAGUUCGGAGAUGGGCUUGACGUUAUCCUCGCUGCCGGCGCCAGACUGAGAGCUUUCCUCUAUGCUCAAAACCGUCACGCUGAAUUCAAAUUUGUUGAAAAUGACCUUCGAACGAUCUUUCUGCGUGAAUUCAAGACGUUUGGCCCUGACAAUAGUGGGAAGACAAGCAUCCAACUGCAGUUCUCGGAUGAUAUGUUGGAAGAAUUCUUCCAGGAAUGUCUUGCAUUAUUCGCUGAUUUGCACCCUUCUCAGUCACUCUCUUUGGUUGACGUCGGAUUGAAGCGCGUUGAGGCUACUGUUGCGAUCGGGGAUAUCGAGGCCGCCUUUAUUAUUGCUGUUUGGACUCACAAGAUCAUGACUGAAGAGCACAAACACGCCAACAUUUUCCGAUUAUUGUUCCAUAUGACUUCUGAUAAGGUUAAGGCCGACCGAAACCCUGCCUUGAAAGCAGAUAUCGGAAAGUUCACUCAGUUGAUCCUCCAAGAAAUAUUAUCUGGUGACAUGGGAGUAUCUUGGGUCUCGGUUGACUUGGGGGAUCUCGAUAAACUCGUGGUACUUUUAGGCGCUGAGAAGCGAUGGGAUUUCAUGCUUACAAUCUUAGAGCAACUUUGGGACUCUAGAAAUACGCAUGAUGACAUCUGGAGUCCUCGUCUUGUUACCACCAUCGGCUGUCGCCUUGUCGAUGCUUACAUGCAGCAGGGUAAGAAGGAGUCCGCGUUGAGGGUUCUGGAAAGGAUUUAUUACAACUAUUCCCGAGUCUUUGGGGUCUUGCAGCCAGAAACACAACAAUUUGGUAGACUCCUCUGCCAGAUUUAUAACAGCGCCGGGUACUACAACAAGACUAUAUCCGUGACCGAGAGGCUUUUCUGGUCAUUGAGAGAAGAGGGUAGCGGUGGUGCCGGAUCUAAAGAGCAGGUUUCCAACCUCAUCUUCCAUCAUUUGGAUCUAUUAAAGUUCGCCAAUCAAUCCAAAAAGGGCCAGCUCAACACCGAGCAUCUCGCACCGAUGGUUAAGGAGCUGCAAACCAUAUUUUAUGUUAAGAACUCCAAAUGGAAUGAGGUGUUGGACUUCAAUUCUUGGGCGCAGAAGCCGGUUAAUCAAGAUGACAAGACUUUUAUUUGGCAGUCACCAAGCUCGUGGGGUAUCCUGGAGGAUGAUGGACUAGAUGAUCAGGCUACACCUAGUCAGAUUGAGCUUGCUAGACGACAGUCACUAGGACCAUCAAAGGCAGAGCAGUAUAAAACUUUCUCUAGGUCUUCCUUCGCCUCUUUGUUCCAAGCCUGA